UAUAAAUACUAAUGGAUUUUUCUUUAGUAAAAUAACAUUUUAAUUAAAUUAACACAUACAAUGGGAUCUUGCUCCUCAAAAAAAAUGUAAACUCACCAUUCUUUACAAUAAAACUCUUAGAAAACUUAUGUAUACACCCAAACCAGAAUGACCUGGGCAGAUAAAUAUACGCAGUAACCUUAAGAAAAAAUUAUUAAUCCUUACAACCCUCACAGUAGACAUACAAAUUUUAUCAUUAGGUCUCCAAGUUUAAUAUAAUGUAGAAGUAGAGGGAGUAGUUUUUGACAUAAUUGCUCCUCCAGAUCUUUUGGAUGAUGAUAAUUUAGAGCCUAUGGAAGAAGAAGAAUGAAUUAAUAUAAUAUUGAUAUCCAC